AUGAGGGUCAAGGGCGGGACCGGCGGCGGCGCGAGCCUCCACGGGCCGAGCCUCCCGACGCCGUACCAGCGAUGGGAAGCGAAACAAAACCUGGACCACCUGAAGACGAAGAUCAAGAAGGUGAACGCGUCCGUGGACAACAAGGGCACGACGCCGCCGAAGCACCUGGUCGUCAACGCGAAGAAGGCGCAGCUCGAGGAGGACCGCCUCCUAGAGAUCGAGUCGCGGAACAAGCUGCUGCUGCAUCACCUGCACAAGAUCGCGGAGAGGAAGGGCGUGGAGGGGUACGAGAAGUCGCCGAAGAAGAAGUCGCUGUUGCGAGGGCAGGCACCGGACAAGCCGAACACGAAGUCGCUCAACGCCAUCAAACGCCGCGAGGAGACGCUGAGGAUCGAGCGCGAAAACGCGCUCAUCCUGAAGCGCAUCCAGAGCCAGAACCACAAGCAGAGCGAGUUCAGCGUCGCGCGCAUGGAGAAGGAGUGGAAGGAGACGCUGGAGCACAGGAAGUACGCGUCGCAGUGGGUGAAGCCGCCGGAGUGA